CGCCCAUUUCGUUCAUCAAGUUUUCUUUUCUUCUCCUAUAAUUUUCAUCGGUGAUGCAAGAAUUUUCCUUUCUCUGCAUAUGUCAUGGUGGAGCUUGUGGAAACCGUGAUGAUUUUUACUGCUAGCCUAUCUGGGUACCUGUCCAUUGUGCAUAGCUUUUGAUUAGAAUCUGGGGCAUAUGAGUGGUCAUGUCUCAUUCGAAAACAAGCCAGGGUGAUGGUUCCAAUAAUGCUGGGAAGCGAAACCUUCCUUCAUGGAUGAGUUCAAGAGACAAUGAGAGUGAGUCUGUUGGAAAGAAACCAACUCGGGCUGGUGAAUGUGAGGAGAGUAACGAGGGUGCAAAGCCCAGGCUAGCCAAAGGGCGUGGAGGUGCAUCCAGUUCGGGAACCACACAAUUUUCCAAACUUAUGGAAGGAGUAGUGUUUGUACUGUCUGGGUUUGUUAAUCCUGAGCGCAGCAUUCUGCGGUCACAGGCCUUGGAAAUGGGAGCAGAAUAUCAGCCUGACUGGAACUCAGAUUGCACUCUCUUGGUUUGUGCAUUUCCAAACACCCCAAAGUUUCGACAAGUUGAGGCAGAUUGUGGAACUAUAGUUUCAAAGGAUUGGAUAUCAGAGUGUUACACACAGAAGAAGCUUGUUGAUAUUGAAAGUUACCUUAUGAAUGCUGGAAAACCCUGGCGUAAAAGCAGUGUUUCCCAUGACAACAGCCAAGACAAAAAGGCAUCCCAACCUAGAAAAUCGAAGAAGCAAGAUGGAGAUUCACCAUCAAAACCAACUGCAUCAUCAAAUCCAAAGCAGGUUAAAGCUUCUAAUUCUGUUAAGGAGUGCUUUUCUCCUUCUAAAGUGAAGAAGUGGGCAGUUGACGAUUUGAAUAAGACAAUUUCAUGGCUGGAGAGUCAAGAAGAAAAGCCAGAGCCAGAUGAGAUAAACCAAAUAGCAGCUGAAGGGAUUUUAACUUGUUUACAAGAUGCAAUAGAUUCUCUUGAACAAAAGCAGGAUGUCCGGCAAAUAACUGAGCAGUGGAAUUUCAUUCCUCGUGUAGUUGAAGAGUUGGCAAAGCUCGAGGGCACGAGAAAUGAGUCUGCAGCAGUAUCCAAGGAAGAUCUUUGCAGACAGGUAAUGGAGUGUAAACGAAUUUAUGAGGUGGAACUUAAGAAUUUAGGCGAUGACCUGUCAAAGAAGAAGAAGCCAAAGACUGAAAGACAAGAGAGGGACAGUGGGAGAACUGAAGCCAUAUCCAGUGGUACAGCAGGAUACGACAGUGAUGAAACAAUUGAGAUGACAGAAGAGGAAAUAGACCUUGCAUAUAAGAAUGUUGUUGCUUCUAAGAUCCCCUAAUGCUGAGUAUUUUCUCUCUGUUGAAGAUAAACAGACUGUAAAUUUUUUGCAUAAAUUUUUUAUUUUUUUAAAA